AUGUCUUCUUUAUUGCCACUAGCAUCAUACAACUUGGAGCUGCAGCCAUUUUCUCCUGAGCCUUGUCAGCCUGAAGAUUUCCCUGUCACUGUCAGAUUGACCCUGGCAGCCGUGAAUCCAGAACCCUUCGAUGACAAGGAAGAACCAUCCACUUUGAGAAUCCUAAAAAAGUCUAUCAAUCUCGAUGACUAUGAUUCUGAUGAGGAGGACUUUGAUGAUGAGGAUGACAGCGAGCAAGAAUCUGAGGAAGAGUCUGAAAAUGAGGGCAAAAUUCAAGAGAUCAAUGAAAAGGAUGAGGAAGACGAAGACAAAGCAGAAAACGAAAACGACCAUUCUGAUGAGGAGUCAGGAGAAAGCUCUUCAAGUGAAUCAGAGAAUGAUGAUCUUGAAGAUGAUGAUGCAAUUGAGGAGCAUAUUAUUUGCACGCUUUCACCAAAAAGCCAGUUCCAGCAAAUUUUGGACCUAACUAUAUUGCCGGAUGAAGAAGUCUACUUUGUCGUUACCGGCUCUUACUCCAUCCAUUUAACUGGUAACUAUGUUGAGCACCCUUACGACGAAGAAGAAGACGAGUACUCCGACGAUGACUCCGAAGACGAUGAAGAUUCUGAUAGUGAUGAGUAUGAUCUCACCCCAGACGAAGACGAGAUCAUUGAAGAAGAUUUUGAUCUCGACGAUUUGGAGGGUGUUGAUGAUAUUGAAGGUAAGAUUGAAGAGCUUGUUGAGGAAGAUCAAAAAGCAGGUAAGGGUGAGAAAAAGAGACCAGCUGAGGAGGAGCCAAAAGAAGUGAAGGAAUCAAAGAAAUCAAAAAAAGACCUCAAAAAGGAAUCUAAAGAAGCAAAAGAAGCUAAAAAGGACAAGUCGGUCAAAUUCAACAAAGAUCUUGAACAAGGGCCAACAGGUCCGGCAGCCAAGCAGUCCUCAAAGUCCGAGGACAAGAAGAAGUUUCCCACUAAGACUCUGCAGGGUGGUGUGACUAUUGAGGAUAGAACUGUUGGUACUGGGCCAGUUUGCAAGAAGGGACAAAAGGUUGGUGUCAGAUACAUUGGAAAAUUGAAGAACGGAAAGGUUUUCGACAAAAACACCUCUGGCAAACCAUUUGUUUUUGCUUUAGGCAAAGGUGAAGUGAUCAAAGGUUGGGACCUUGGUGUUGCAGGUAUGGCAGUUGGUGGUGAAAGAAGAAUUGUGAUUCCUCCAGCCAUGGCUUAUGGUUCGAAAAAGCUUCCUGGCAUUCCAGCAAAUUCCGAGCUGACCUUUGACGUCAAGCUCCUGAGCAUCAAAUAG